AUGAACAGUUUAUACUGGAGUAUAAUUUACUUAUGUAUUGUUCUCUCGACUGCCGAGUUAUUGGGUCCGGAAAGUCGUAAAGAUAAAGAAAAAAACGACGAUGACGACUCUGAAAUUUCAGAGAAUCCAGAUAUAAAUAAAAAGUUUCGUGAUGGAUUUUUGAAGAUGCUUACGGAGAGUAUAAAAGAUAAUUUUGAUAAGAAUGAAGAGAUCGAGGAGACUAUAAAAGAUCUUUUUACAGAUCCUUCCAAAUUGUCUGAUGCCCAAAUAGAACAGAUAAAAUAUGCAGUUAAUCUCUUGAAGAAACGCGCUUUGCUGAAGCAUUCUGACACUGGGUGGAACCAAGAUGCUAAGAUCAAUAAAGAAAAUGACAGUGAGCUUGAGAAAACGGAAGAAGUUCUUAAAGAUAUUUUGGGAAACUUACAAAAUUCGCAAGUUGAAGAAGAACCUGACUUAACACCGGAAUUGAAAGAAGCCAAAGAGAUAUACGAUGCAGCUAUCGCGAAGUUGGACCGUCGGUCAGCGGACCUUCGAGGUGCCAUCUUGCAAGUGAAGCAUGCAGCUGAGCGCGGCUACCGCCCCGCUAAUAUAAAACUCGCCUGGUCCUACCUAUUUGGAGAAGGUGUCGAACUGGACGUGGACAAAGCUAAGGAUAUAUUUGAGAGGCUGGCUAGUGAAGGAGAUGCCGAUGCUCAUGCAGGCAUGGGCUUCUUGUACGCGACCGGAAUCGGCGUGAGCGUAUCGCAAGCUCGUGCUCUGGUCCACUAUACAAUCGGAGCUAUAGAAGGUAGCGACUACGCGCAGAUGGCACUGGCAUAUCGGUACUGGUCCGAAGUCACCGUGCCCAGCUCGUGCCCUAAAGCGUUGCAGUUGUACAUGAAAGUUGCAGCUAAAGUGGCGAGCAAGGUGACUCUGAGCGGGGGGCCCGCGAUCCAGCGCACGAGGCUAAUGGACGAGGCAGAGGGCGGCGGAGCCCUGGACAGCGACCUCAUCGAGUACUACCAGCUGCUGGCCGACAAGGGCGACGUCCAGGCCCAGGUGGGUCUAGGCCAAUUGCACUUCCAAGGCGGGCGAGGUGUGACCCUCGAUAUCAGCAAAGCCCUGCACUACUUCCAGCAGGCCGCCAAGGCUGGCAAUGCUGUCGCUAACGCAUUCCUCGGAAAGAUAUACCUAGAGGGCGGCGAUGGCAUUAAGCCAGAUAACGAGACAGCGCUUCGUUACUUUAAGAAGGCAGCGGAGCUCAACAACCCCGUCGGCCAGAGCGGACUUGGCAUCAUGUACCUUCAGGGUCGAGGAGUACCCAAGGAUACGACAGCAGCAUUCAAAUACUUUACUAUGGCUGCCAAUCAGGGCUGGGUCGAAGGACAACUGCAUCUAGGAUUUAUGUAUUUUGGUGGGAUCGGCGUGCGGCGCGACUUCAAGCAGGCGAACAAGUACUUCUCGCUGGCGUCGCAGUCGGGCCACGUGCUGGCGCUCUACCACCUGGCGCACAUGCACGCGCAGGGGCUCGGCGUGCUGCGCUCCUGCACCACCGCAGUAGAGCUGCUGAAGAACGUGUGCGAGCGUGGAUCUUGGAGUGCGCGGCUAAUGCUGGCACAUGCGGCGUGGCGAGCUCGAGACCUGGACUCGGCAUUCCUGCAGUACCUGGCGCUGGCUGAGCGUGGCCUGGAGGUCGCACAGACCAAUGCCGCCUACCUGCUCGACACAGGCGCGGUGUCGCUAUUCCCGGAGGCGGAGAGAUGGCGGCGCGCACUGCAGCUGUGGGGUCGCGGCGCAGCCCAGGGCAGCGCCGGCGCGCGCCUCAAGCUGGGCGACUACCACUACUACGGGCUGGGCACCGCGCCCGACCUGGAGGCCGCCGCGCACCACUACAGGAUCGCAUCGGAACAGCUGCACAACGCGCAGGCGACUUUCAACCUGGGCUACAUGCACGAGCGCGGGCUGGGGCUGGCGCGGGACCCGCACCUCGCCAAGCGCUGCUACGACCUGGCGGCCGACACCUCGCCCGACGCGCGCCUGCCCGCCGCGCUCGCGCUCGCGCACCUGCACGCCACCGCCGCGCUGCACUCGGUGAUGGAGAGUCCUAUAGCUGCACUGUUCCUGUCUGGUGAGUCCGGGCUGCUGGACAACUGGGACGCCUAUCUGAUCGCCGUGCUGGCCGCCUCACUCGGCCUCGUUGUUCUGCUGCGUCGCCCACAGCGCCCCAACUGA